AUGCGUAGGACGCCCGUGCUCGCAAGAACGUUCGAUACUAUUAGAUAUGACAGCAACGUUAUGCUUGAAUUCACGUUCGGUUCGGUUAGAUUAGGUUAGGUUAGGUUAGGAAAGUUUAUGGGUUAGCAUAAAAUAUAAAUAAAUGUUUUAUAAUAACAUUAUCAAAAUUAAUAAUACGUGAGAUUAGUGAGAUUAUUAGUAAUACGUGAGAUGAACAUUUCGGAGGGAGUUAUAUUAGGACAGAUCAGAAUUGGAAUGCUAGCAUAUGCGGAUGAUAUCGCUCUCCUUGGUAAAUAUUUNUAACAUCGCAGCCAACUAGAGUAACGACAGGACUUCGGCAAGGGGAUGCUUUGUCUCCAGUGCUGUUUAAUUUAGUACUGGAGAGGGUAAUACGUGAGAUGAACAUUUCGGAGGGAGUUAUAUUAAGACAGAUUAGAAUUGGAAUGCUAGCAUAUGCGGAUGACAUCGCUCUCCUUGGUGAAGAUUUAGAUAUGAUAAAGAGAUUGGGAAUUAAUCUAAUAAAUACGGCAAAAAAAGUGGGCCUAACCGUUAAUGAGGAAAAAACAUAG